AUGUCAAAAGCCGAGUCCUCCAAAGCCGCAGCCAGCAAUGGUGCUAAACCAAACCCUAAUGCCGCCGGCGGUGCAAACUACGAGCUGCCAUGGGUAGAGAAAUACCGUCCCGUCUACCUCGAUGAUGUCGUCGGCAAUACCGAAACCAUUGAGCGCCUCAAGAUCAUCGCCAAAGAUGGCAACAUGCCCCAUAUGAUCAUCUCCGGUAUGCCUGGUAUCGGCAAAACCACAUCUAUCCUCUGUCUCGCACGCCAACUCCUUGGUGAUGCCUACAAGGAGGCUGUCCUCGAACUCAACGCCUCAGAUGAACGCGGUAUCGACGUCGUUCGCAACAGGAUAAAGGGCUUUGCGCAGAAGAAAGUUACACUUCCCCCGGGCAGGCAGAAGCUGGUCAUCCUCGACGAAGCGGACAGCAUGACCAGUGGUGCACAACAAGCUCUGAGGAGGACGAUGGAGAUAUACAGCGCAACAACCCGAUUCGCAUUCGCUUGCAACCAGUCGAACAAGAUCAUCGAGCCGCUGCAAUCGAGAUGCGCCAUCCUCCGAUACGCCCGCCUUACCGAUGCGCAAGUCGUGCGCCGCGUCAUGCAGAUCUGCGAAGCCGAGGACGUGAAAUACUCAGACGACGGAAUUGCGGCACUAGUCUUUUCAGCAGAGGGUGAUAUGCGACAAGCCAUUAACAAUCUCCAGUCGACUUUUGCUGGUUUCGGUUUCGUUAAUGGCGAUAAUGUCUUCAGGGUGGUCGACAGCCCGCAUCCCAUCAAGGUGCAAGCCAUGAUCAAGGCGUGCCAUGAGCAGCGUAUUGACGAUGCUCUGACAUCACUGAAAGAGCUGUGGGACCUGGGAUACUCGUGUCACGACAUCAUCAGCACAAUGUUCAAAGUUACAAAGACGAUUGACACGCUGAGUGAGCAUGCAAAGCUGGAAUUCAUCAAGGAAAUUGGCUUUACCCAUAUGCGCAUCCUUGAAGGCGUACAAACCCUUCUACAAUUGUCCGGCUGUAUUGCGCGCCUGUGCAAGAUCAAUAUGCAGCCCCAGCUGUUCGCACUUCCUACGACGUCGAAAUGA